AUGAUCUCGAAGCGAAGACAGGCUCAACGGAAGCUUCGCAAAGAUGUACGGGAGGGUAACGAUGGAACAGGAGAGGAGGAGGAGGAAAAGGAGGCGAAGCCCACCAAAAGCAAGCCUAAGGCCAAGAGCAAAGCCAAAGCAAGAGCAAAGAGCAAAGCGGUACCCGAGGUUAAAGAAAACAAGGAAGAUGUUUUGUCUGAGGCUGAAGAGCUAGAUCGCGAAGAGUACGCAAUCAAGAACCAGCUCCGACAGGAAGACGAUGAAGAUGCCCAGCAGGGGAAGCAGACGGCAGCAAACAAGAAGAAAGGAAAGAAGAAAAAAAAGCAAGCAGCAGCCGCGGCAGAGCAUGAUGCACCAGUGUGUGGGAAGGAGGAUGAUGCCGCUGACGAGGUAGAUCUCAAAGGUGCGAAGCGCCGGCUGGACUUCGAAGCAUGCUUGGGAGAUGAUGCGCCGGGGGAGGCUGAGCCAUCCGUGUCGAAUGGCAUGGAGGAAGCCAAUGGGGCUUCUGCUGUGGGCAGAGCGAAGAAGAAGUUGAAGAGAAAAAUCAGAAAGAAGGGCCUUAGGAAGGCCGAGCAGGAUGUGGCAAGGACCCCAGCGAAGGAGAAGGAAAAACAUGAGGAGGCUGCUGAUGAUGAGUGCAAGGCUGAUGAGGAGCCAGCAGGAAUGUUGGUUCGACCUCAUCAGCCAACUGGGUGGACCCCGAAGCUCGCAAAGCCAAAGAAGAAGGCCAAGAAGUUUGACGACACCAACCCAAUGUCUAAGUCAAGACAGCAGCUGGAGGCCAAGAAAGACUCCAUUAUCAAGGACCUCCGGCAGUUGCGGGUAUUGGACAAUGCCAUGGUGCUGCCGACAGACUUCAAAGACAUUGCGUCCUUCACGAUCAAUCCUUCCCCGAAGGUGAAGGAGCAGGAGGGUCCUGCUGGUUCGACCUCCAUCGGGGCGCUGUCUGGUCGCUUUUAUGUGAAACCGGUUCCAAAAGCUCGGCUCGACGCCAUCAACCUGCACAGCCCUGCGGAACACCAGCUGAAGGCUAACAACAGCGACGGGGUGAAUGUCUCCUGGAACAAAGGAAAUUUGGCUGAUCUCCAGGACUGGAAGCAGGCUACUGAAGAAGACCCAGGAGUAUCCGCGGAAGUUUUGCAAGACAAUAUUGAGCAGAAUUCCGAGAUCAUUCACAAGAAGCUGGACUCUGGGCCACGACUGCUCUUGCAGCAGGGGAAGGCACUGUCGGACCAGAGCUGGGCAUCUCCAGGCAGCUCGACGUGGUCUGAUGCUUCCUGGGCGAGGCCAUGGACCGGUGAGGACUGGUGGAGCUCGGGUUGGGAUGAUCAGUGGUCGUCCUGGUCUUGGGGCCGGGAUGACUCAUCGUGGUCUAGCUGGCCUAGCUCUGGUGAUGAUGACAAAUGGAAGAAGCCACGGAGUACUGAUGAUGAUGCUGCUGUACCUAAGGAUGAAUCAGCAAAGAGUGCUGCUGAUCGAGUGCAAGCACUACUACAAAGGGGGCACACCAUCGACCAGCUCAGCACUGAGGACUUGAAGCAAAUUGUUCAGCAAAUCGACAAGUCGAAGCAAGGUGCUGCAGAUGGUCAGGCUGAAAAGCCAAGGACAGGUGAUGCAGAGAACAAAGAGCAGGGUGAAGGUAAGGAGGAGAAGGAAGGAAAACGCAAGGAUGAAACAAAAGAGGAGAGGCGAGAACGGCUACAUGCUCGCAACAUGCGCUACUACCGCAGUUUCGAAAGUGCAAUGUGCCCGCGCGAAAUCAGCAAGUUGUCCAAGAAAGCCAGCGACGAUGCUGGCAUGCGCUCCUACCUGUUCGAGUCAUGGCUCAGUUCGGGUGAGAACUGGCAGAAGAGUUCCCUCCUGUCUCGUUUGCGGAGCAAAAAGAGCGCGACAGCUCGAGGCUUCAGGAAGUGGAUGUUGCGGAAAGAAAUGGUUGAGAAGUGGGGCGAGGAGAUGGCCGAUGACAUGAUCGAAGCGAAAAUGUCAUGCGAGGAAAAGAGAAUGACGGAGAUUCGCAAUUGGCCGGAAUGCCCAAAGCGAGAAGUGAAGCAAUACCUCUGCCUUUUCGAGGAUAGUGCCGAGGAUGUUGACCACACCGAGCUGGAGAUGGUGCUGGAGGCUAAAGCUGAGGCCUCGUCGAGCUCGAGCUCUUCCAGCAAGAAGAAGAAGAAAAGCAAAAAGAAAGCCAAGAAAAGCAAGAAAACCAAAAAGCACUCGUCGAGCCCAAGCCCGAAGAAGCCCAGCAAAGGUGAAGGUAAGGGGAAAAACAAGCAAAAGAAAGCCAAAGCCGGUGCCAAGGAGCUCAGCCCAGAGGAGGAGCAAGAGGUGAAGGCGAAUGCGAGCAAGGCGGCAAGCAAAGUGAAGCAGGAGCAAGCCGUCGAUGGCAUGUGGGCAAAGAUUCUUCAGGAUGCACGCGCCGAGCUUCAAUCAGCUGUGGAUCAUGAUCAGGUUGAAGCGAUGGCUGAUGCUACUACCAGAUUGACUGCUGAGACGGCCAAGUUCGAGACCAUCCACAAAGUACCCUCAGAAGUCGAAGUCACUCUCUACGAGGGUUUCGAAGGGGACCGCAAGGAAGUGCAAAUGACAAUUCCGGUGCUGGAUCCACACGAGGUUUUGGAUUACGUGCAGUCUGAGCUUAAGCUUGAAUGCCCAAAGACCCAUGUCAGUGGCUUCUGGAAGCAUCUGCGUGAGAAUGGGAAUGACUUCGCCAAGAAAUUCCCAGGUGAUCUCCAGCAGAUGACUCCGUUCACCAUUUAUGGGGAUGAGCUGACAUUGGGGAAGGAUCCUAAGGACAAGGUCACUGGGAUUUUUCUUCAAUUGACUUUGUUCAAGCCGAAGCAAGCUCGGCAGGGCAUUUGGCUUCUUGCAGCUAUCCAGGACUCUACGAUGGUGCACGAUCAGCUGAAAACACUGACGCCCAUCUUGGAGCACAUCGUCUGGAGCUGCAAUCAGGCGUGCAUCGGCUCAUAUCCAACGGUGUCGAGAAGGGGCUCUGCUUUGACUGGUUUGAAAGCCAAGAAGGCAGGCCAAAAGUUUUCAGGCGACGCUCGCUGGGUAUGUGCUGAGCUACGGGGGGACUGGAAGUGGCAUGAGCGCACUCUGCGACUGCUGCGGACCCCGACUUCAAAGAAGUGCCCUUUCACGCUGCUGACGGGCUUCGAUAUCUCCAUGGUGAAGUUCUGCAGCAUGCACGUCUGUAAUCUGGGCUUGGUGCACACAGCGAGUGGUGGGGUCAAGGAAGUCUUGCUACGUGAGGGCCACUUCGGGCCUUACAAUGGGCCUGAUGCUGACUGUCUGAAACCAUUGCUGGAGUGUGCGUACAAUGAAUUUGUACAAUGGCGCCGGGCCAACAGGAUUGCUUGCUCGCAAAAAUCAUUCACGCCACGCCACUUGAUGAAGAAGGCGCAUGGGUACUACUUAACGACGAAGGCUUAUAAUGCGCGCGUGGUGAUGGUAUGGUUGUCGGCCAAACUGCAAGAGAUUGUCCAGCAGAAUGCAGCUGCAACUCCGAGCAUCAGGCUGCAUGCCACGGCACUGACUGCCUUCGCAAACUGGUUCUCUGGAACCGAAGCGGCGAAGAGGUACUUGACACCACGCCAGAGUGAUGAGACUUAUGCAAAUGGGAUGGUGUUUCUGAAAUGCCAUCUCAAGCUCACCCAGCUAUCUCAUCAGCAAAAGAUUGUGUCUUGGAUUCUGAAACCCAAAUUUCAUGCAAUGCUUCAUUUGCUGGAGCAAAGCCACAAAUGGCGUUACAAUACUCGAUACAGCCACUGCUUUGCUGGAGAAGACUCCAUGGGAUGGCUCAAGCGCGAAAACGGCGACAAGGAUGGAACAGAUGAUCUGGCUGUGAUCAUGAUCUGCUGUCAUGUGGAUUUGCAAAUGAAUGUUUGUUUUCAGAAGCUUGGUUGUUAG